AUGGUUGCGGAAACGAAAUUGUACGAUGCGUUAAGCAUCAAGCCCGAUGCGUCGCAGGAUGAUAUCAAAAAGGCAUACCGGAAAGCCGCGCUGAAGUAUCAUCCGGACAAGAACAAGGACGACGCCGGUGCAGCAGACAAAUUCAAGGAGGUUUCCCAAGCCUACGAAGUCCUCUCCGAUCCCGAAAAGCGCAAGGUCUAUGACCAGUUCGGUCUCGAAUAUCUCCUCCGCGGCGGCCCUGCGCCAUCGCCAGGCGGCGGUGCUGGUGCAUCGCCCUUCGAGGGUGGAAUGCCCGGUGGCUUCGGCUUCGGUGGAGGUAUGCCCGGCGGGGGUGCGCGGUCAUUCCACUUCUCGAGCGGCCCCGGCGGCGGCAGCGGUUUCCGCUUCAGCUCCGCGGACGACAUUUUCAGGAACUUCGCCAAGGCUAGUGGUGGUGGAAUGGGUGGAAUGGACGAUGAUGAUAUCUUCUCGAUGCUGGGUGGUGGUUUUGGCGGCGGCGGCGGCGCUGGUCGUGGCUUUAGGUCGGGAACUAGCGGUCGCGGGCCAGGGUUCCAGCAAUCCCGGCGCGCGCCUACGCCGGAGCCGACUGUUGUGGAGAAGGAGUUGCCGUUGACGCUGGAGGAGCUGUUCCGGGGGACGACUAAGAAAGUUACUACGAAGAGUAAGGCGUUUGAUCCUAGUGGGAAGCGGACUGUGCAGGAUGUGACACUAGAGGCGAACAUCAAAGCGGGUCUGCGGACGGGAUCCAAGAUCAAGUAUAAGGGUGUUGGAGAUCAGGAGGAGGGUGGUCGACAGGAUGUCCACCUUAUUGUGACGGAGAAAGAACACCCCAACUUUAAGCGCCACAACGACCACCUGGUCACAACGGUCGAAAUCAGCCUCAAAGAAGCCCUAACCGGCUGGGAGCGCAUCGUGCGCACAAUCGACGGCAAAUCCAUCCGCGUCUCGAAACCAGGUCCUACACAGCCUGGCCACGAAGAACGAUUCCCCGGUUUGGGUAUGACGAUAUCCAAGAAGCCGACUGAACGCGGCGACCUGGUUGUCCGGGUCAACGUGCGUUUCCCGACCAGCCUGACCCCAUCCCAGAAGGACGUUCUGAGGGAUGUUCUUCCAUCAUAA